AAAACAAGGGCUGGGGCGCGUCUGAGAGGAGCAGUGUGUUUGAUGCACAGGCUCUUCCAGCGGGUUCAUAUCUUUUGGGGGAGAUUUCUGAUGUUCCCUGCAGGGGAAAUGCGCACCAUGUUGUCUGUUUCUUCAGCUCGUCAGCUCUGCAGACUAUUUUUUUCUUUGCAGCUUGUUUUCUUGAGCGCAGGCGUAGUAGGGAGCAGCGCAUCCGCGCAAACAGACUGCGUUAGAUCAGAUGGUUUGGACUACAGAGGAAAGCAGCAGAGCUCCUCCUCGGGUCUAGCCUGUCUGAACUGGAUCAAUAUAACAAGAGACUACGAUGCUGAAAUCCAUCCAGAUUCCCAAACAGGUGCUGGAGAUCAUAAUUACUGCAGAAACCCAGACGCCUCUGAGAGGCCUUGGUGUUACAUUGCUGGCCCAGAUGGGACGAUCCAGAGACAGUUCUGCACCAUUGAGACAUGCAAAGAGCAAACCUCUGCAGCACCAGUUGAGACUGCGUCCUCUGCGCCGACAGGAAGCACGGCCUCCGAGGAGAGCUUCCAGCCGGCGAGGUCAAGAAUUUCUCAGGCAGAAGUUGCUGCUGUGCAGCCAGUUAUGGGAAUCAGCCAGCGUGUGCACACUGGACCCAGAAAGAAAAAGGAUCUUGGGACUACUGGAUAUGUCCUGGCCAUCCUCAUGAUGGCAAUUAUUAUCAUCCUUGGGGUCGGCAUUACACUGGGCUACUUUUAUAAACGGGGUCGAGACUUAAAGAAGCAGCACGAUCAGCGAGUGUACGAGCGAGAGAUGCAGAGGAUCACACUGCCCCUGUCUGCCUUCUACAAUCCCACCUGUGAGCUCAUAGAUGAGAACACCAUCGUGAUCACCGCAGAGCCGGAGACCACACCUGUCCAGGAGGGGGAAGACCCUCUCAUGGGCCAGCACGCUGGCACUCCCGGAGCAUGAGUCGCAUGCGGACUGUGAAGAUUUGGGUUUCUUUUUUUCGUGGACUGAAACAUUCUGAGAUCCCCGUUUCUCCUCUCCACCUCUCGGAGCUGUAGAGGAGUUGGGAGGCAGCAUCCGUUCCAAAGACUUGAACUCAACAUUGUGUCCCUUUAUCAUUUUUCUUUCAUAAACCCAAAUGAGACAAGGCAGCCACACAAUGGACAUGGGCUAAAGCAUGAAACCACAAAGGCUGUUAAUGAGGACGUGUCAAAGUGUCUUAAGAUCAAAGGAUCCCCCCUCGCGCCCUUAAAUAACUGUAAGAACAUCCAGUAAGUUACAAGGAGAUGGUCUAAGGAAAAGAGGGAUUUGUGCACAAACCUUUGUUUUCCAAAAAAAGAUGUGGUUACAUGAUGGUUACAUAAGUUAGCUUUGCUUGGCCCACUGGCUGAAUGAAGCGAGACAUGAAUCAUUUUUAUACAAGAACACAUUGUCCUUGAGACACUGGUAAAAUUGCAAGUGUCCAAUGAUAGUUGUCUUCUUCUUUGACAGGCUGCAUGAGGUAAAGCACAUCCACAAAAGUGAAGGGAAGACGUCCUGCUUGGAAACUGCCUGGAGCAUGUUACUCCUGAAUGUAGUUUAUCCUCUUUGAACUCUGCAGGAACACUUCAGUUCAGAAGCAGUCACAGAUUUGGGGGAAGGCUUUCCCUUUUCUUCCACAGGUUAAGGAGUGACAGGAAAUGAACAGAUUGCACUCAGGUGUCUGGAGAAAAUGGCACCGCCACAAACGGGCAGGGUUGGAAACAGGGAGUUUGUGGAAGUCCAGGAGCAGCCUGGUGCACAGAUGACAGUCAGCCAUUUGAGUUCAGCACCUAAGGCUGCAGAGCAGACAAGGGAAUGGAUCAGUGAGGGAGCAGUACAAAGUAUGCAAGUGUUCCUGUGAGACAUUCAAUAAUGUGCUUGCAUGUACUUAGCUGCCUGAUGCAUUUCCAUCUUUUUCCCUUUUGCUCUAAAAAAGUAGAACUACUUAGAAUCUAUUAUGGCUGAAAGUAGACAUUUUUAUGAUGCACUGGUCCUUCAAUUUUUGUUUGUAAUUAGAGACUUGAUUUUGUCUUUAUGUUUUAACCGUCGUCACUGGCAAUCAAUGCUGUAUACCCUCAAUACCUUUAGUAUUGGAUGUAAUUAUUUUCUGAAUAAUGUGCUCAACAUACUGAUAGCAUUAGAUUUUAGCGCUUGUGUACUGUUGCAAACACUUUCAUUGGCAAAAGAAUAAAAGAUGGAUGAAAAGCUG